GUAUUGGUUUCAUGGUGUGCAUCGCCCUGGAAAGGUAUUUGGUCAUCACCUGCCCACUGUGGUACCGCUUCAGACGAACCAUCAAGGUCUCUGUGCUGGUGUGUGUCGUGGUCUGGGCCCUUCCUGCUGUCAUUUUCUGUCUCGUCCUUACUGGACCGAUCUCAGUAACCAUCGUUGGCAUCCUCCUCCUCCUUCCUCUCCCACUGCUCAUAUUCUUCCUUGGUGGGACCCUCAAAGCCCUGUCUGCUUCCAUCUCUGUCCACUCUGAUGAAAAACGAAGAAUUGUAGGAAUGUUGGUCCUGGUGCUGCUUAUUUACACACUGUUGUUCCUGCCCAGCAUUAUUUUGUCCCUGGCAUGGGGAAGCAGUGAUAUCGAUGAACGUAAGCUAAUCAACCUGUCCAUCACAUUUGUGCAGUUUAGUCCUCUGGCAGACUUAUUUCUGUAUAUUUUCAUGAGGAAAGGGACCAUUGACAAGCUGUUGGCUUCUGUGUGUUGUUGCAGAAUGGACAGUGAUGAUAUCAGCAGUCCAGUGUGAAUGAUGACAAAAUGUCCACAGUCAGCUUCAUGUAGGCAGAGAAAGAGAGACAGAGAUGUGGGGCUAUUCAUAAAACAUUCAGGGCUGAGGCCUCAGACAGCCAGGCUUAAAGACGCCACUGGUUAUAGCUAAUGUGUGUCUGUCCCAAACUGUGUUUGUUUUGCUUUUUUAAUCUUUAUUUCAUACAAAUAGUUUUGCUGUUUUUGUGGGAGGCACGUAGGAAGUGAUUCAGAGCAGGAUUACGCAACAGUUGCAAUGUGCUUAACAAUAUUGAUAAAUUCUUACUUCACAGUGAUGCUAAUGGAAAAACAGAACAGCAGAAGUAGGUACUAAUUCAUUGACAUGGUAAAAUGAAGUCAAAUGAAAUGGGUCAGUGUGUUGGUGCAUGUAUGUCGACAAAGUUCUCAAGAAGAACCAGUGACACACAGAGACAGUAUUGGUCACUGACGUGACAGAUGAUUGUGGGCUUAGAUGUCUGGGCUGAUUAGUCAACACCACAGCACACAUCUUGUGCAUCCAUGUAUUGCUUUCAUUGCUGAUGCUGUUCCAC